AUUCAGGAGAGUUUAGGAAUAUUUAUUUCUUUGGCUGCCCUUGAUAUAUACCCAAGUUUAAAUAAGUAACUCCGACUACUAGUGCAUCGAAUAUAAACAACGUGAGCAGGUGAAACUGAGAAGCAAAGAAGUACUGAAUUACUGAGAAGAAAUGAAUUACUGGUGGUAGGACCUCUUGUGAGUCCGGACGGGUAGGUACCACCGCCUUGCCUAUUUCUGCCGUGAAGCAGUAAUGCGUUUAGGUUUGAAGGGUGGGGCAGCCGUUGUAACUAUACUGAGACCCUAGAACUUAUAUCUCAAGAUGGGUGGCGCAUUUACGUUGUAGAUGUGUAUGGGCUCCAGUAACCACUCAACAUCAGGUGGGCUGUGAGCUCGUCCAACCAUCUAAGCAAAAAAAAAAAAGUAAGCGGUCGGAUUAGUUGUUCGCCGAUGAAACCCAGACAUAUAAAAACAUUCACAACGUUACGGUCUAACUUUAAGGUAUCUACGCGAUAUGAAGUGUGUAGCCGACCAGUUUUUAAGGUCACAAAUCACAUCAUUCGUUGCGAUAAAGCGGUAGCGUCUAUACGCCUGUUCUCAGCGUUACCUGAUUAACGUUAGUGUUAUUUAAUUUACGUUUGGACUUAAAACCAUAUCGAAAUGUAUUUAACGUUGAAACAAAAGCUGUUAGAAGUUCCCGAAGGCACGGCGCAGCAGAUACAAAUGUUGUACGGUUACGAUGAAAGAAAAAUGAAUGAGGCCGUCGAUAUUUUGGAGGAAUGGCUGAAGAAACAGAAUCAUUUCCUGAAGAAAGAUAUUCCAAGAAUAUACUUGGAGACGAAUAUAAUAGGAAGCAAAGGUUCUAUCGAGAGAACUAAAUCAAAACUGGACAAGUUGUUCGCUCUCCGGACUGUUCUACGGAAGUUUUAUGAAUUCAAUGAUAUCAGAAAUGAGUUUAAAAACCUGUUCUCGUGUACAAGCAUGCUAGCUAUGCCUAAAUUGACGAAAGAAAACAAUAGACUUUUUGUAGUUAAAGUGAUUGGAAACGAGUUCUUUGAUAAAGUUCCAUAUUUAGAUUAUUACAAAAUUAUUAUUGCGUAUGUAGAAUACUUCAGGAUGUAUGAUUACUCGGACGGAUACAGAGCAGUUAUUGACUACAGGGAUAUCAACAUUAUGAGUAUAAUAGCUCGCGUCAACCUGGUAGAGUUAAAAGAGUUUUCCACGCUUAUUUUAUCCGGCUACGGUGCGAGGCUCAAAGGAAUCCAUAUAAUAACUUCAUCGAAGGCAGUCGAGAAUUUGCUGAGAAUAAUAACACCGUUAUUCAAUCCAAAAUUGGUGGCCAGAUUCAGAGUUCACGGAACGUUGGAGUCAUUACACGAAGUAAUAUCUCAGGAUAGGUUACCAAAAGAGCUGGGAGGGACUGGACGAUCGCUUAAAGAAAUACAAGAUGACUGGAUCGACCUGUUGAGCUCGAAGGAGACCUCAGAAUUCUUCCGCGAGAUAAACAAAGCACAGGUCAACGAGGCGUAUAGAAUGGAUGAUUUGAAGAAUGAAGAAAUGGGAUUGCCGGGAACUUUCAGAACAUUAAGUGUUGAUUGAGACAAAACAAAACAAAGAAAAACUGCAUUGGCGUUUUGUUUUCUUUUAAGCCUGCGUGUUCCGACAGCUAUCAUAAUAAUAUAUUCGAAUUAAAAUGUAUGUGAACGGUGUAGAUGUAUUUUUUUAGUUAUGGCCAGGUGCGAAUGCCGCAAACUCAGGUUACUGUGAAUAAAUGUAAAUAAAGAAAUUUUAAAUAA